UUAAAAGGGAAUAUCUGAUGAGAAAAAUGACCUCACAGCUCGAGAUGCGCUCCAAAGGAGAUUAAUGUGCCGCUCUCCACCUUCAUCACUGAGCUAUAAAAGCCCCAAUCAUCCCACUGGUUUGGCAUCCUAAAUUCCUAACUCCUUGGUGAUUAAAUACUCUUCUUCAUCUUCAACCACAUCCAUGGGUUCUCGCUACGAAGUAGAAGUAAAGAUCGAAUCUGCUAAGCAACUGAAGAACGUGAACUGGCGUCACGGCCCCAAUCGCCCAUACGCCGUCGUUUGGGUGGACCCCAAGAACAAGUGCUCCACCAAGGUCGACGAAUCCGGCGACACUGAAGCCCAAUGGGAAGAGACGCUCCGUAUCCCCUUGCCUCCCGGUCCUAUUGAGGAAUUCACCCUCUACAUCGAUGUCGUCCACGCCGGCUCCGAGGAGGACACCAAGCCGUUCAUCGGCUCGGCUAAGCUUGAGCUCAACGAGCUUCUUCAAGACGUCGGAAUCGGCGAUCGCACCACCCGCAAAUUGACCCUGAAACGACCUUCGGGGAGACCACAAGGUAAGGUGGAGGUUGGGGUUUCCAUCAGGGAAAUAGGCUACCCUGCGCCUCGUUCGUAUUACGCUCCCCCUUACGGGGUACCACCAUCGGUGUCGCGUGAUUACGCCGGUGCCCCGCCGCCGUAUGGUCACCCAUACAACGCACCGCCGCAAGAUCCGUACUAUUCAGCGCCGCCUUCGGCUGGUUAUCCACACAGUGGGUACAAUGCGCCCCCUCCAGCUGGGUACCCACACAGUGGCUACAGCACAGCGCCGCCAGUGGCCUACGGACAGCCGAGUUACGGUUACGGUCAGGAGAGUCAGCCGGCGUAUGGGGGGGAGGAGAAAAAGAAGAGCAAGUUUGGUGGGAUGGGGACGGGAUUAGCUGUGGGAGCAGUGGCUGGAGCUUUAGGCGGACUGGCACUUGCAGAAGGGUAUGAUGCUUUGGAGGAUCAUAUUGCAGAAGAAGCCGCAGAGAAAGUGGAGGAUGAUCUUCCAGGAGACGACGACUGUGGAGGAGACGACUUCUAGAAGAAAGCAUUGUUGAGAUUCACGGUCAGAAGGGCUUCUAGAAGACGGCUGGAUUAUAUGAAAUAAAACUCUCGUUAUGGGCAUUCUUGAAAAAACACAGGGAAUCUUUUCGCGUUGUUGUAUUUUUAUUGUUCUGUUUCUUGUAUUCUGGCGCGUAUGAGUUGGCACUUGGAAAUGCAAUGGUGGAUAUUGAUCACAGUUUUAGUUUUUUCUUUUAAAUAAAAAA